AUGUCAAUCGAUUCAACCUCCCCGUUGAAUACCGACCCAAAUGCCCGCGUCUUCAGCUCCUCAUGCUUCGACUUCCUACUCAUAGAAUUGGUGCCAAUGGCCGAGCGCAUGGCAAGGGAACUCGCGACCGAGGGAAAGGAAACAGAAGAUGAAGAGGUUAGAGAGACAACAUUCUUCCGUCUAGAGUCUCUGGGUUAUCGCGUCGGACAAGGCCUUGCAGAGCGCGCGCUAACCUGUGUCAAUAUCCAUAGCUUCGCCCGAGACCGUCCUCGCUUUACCGAUAAUCUCGAUGUGAUCAAGUUCCUCUGCAAGGAUCUGUGGACAGUCCUAUUCAAGAAACAGGUCGAUAAUUUGAAAACAAACCAUCGGGGAGUCUAUGUUUUGACCGAUAGCACGUUCAGGCCAUUUGGUAGGAUGAGCAUGGCGGUGCGGAGUGAAGCAAUAUCCAUGGCGCAGGCAUACCUCUGGUUUCCUUGCGGUAUCAUCCGGGGCGCAUUAGCGAAUUUGGGAAUCAACACGACCGUCCAGGCCGAGACCUCGGAUCUACCAGGUGCAACAUUCCAGAUCAAAACUCUCCAGCCUCGGCCUUGA